UAAUUGAAAGGCAACCGGCGGGCAUAAGACAUCCCGGUCGAAUUAGGCAGCAAGGAUCAACAGAUUUGCUUACCCACUAAUCAUUUCUGUUCUGUUCUAAAUUAUUUCAGUCAUGUUCCAAGAAGAGACAAUACAAUACAACAAUGGUUAUGUGCAAGAAGUCUACAUGACCCAGGAGGAUGAGUGGGACAGAGAUCUUCUGCUGGACCCGGCAUGGGAGAAGCAACAGAGGAAGACUUUUACCGCUUGGUGCAACUCCCACCUGAGGAAAGCGGGGACUCAGAUUGAGAAUAUUGAGGAGGACUUCCGGAAUGGCCUCAAACUUAUGCUCUUACUGGAGGUUAUCUCUGGGGAACGACUACCUAAACCUGACAGAGGAAAAAUGCGCUUUCACAAAAUAGCCAAUGUUAACAAAGCAUUGGAGUACAUUACCAGUAAAGGAGUAAAGCUCGUUUCCAUUGGUGCAGAGGAAAUUGUGGAUGGAAAUGUAAAGAUGACUUUGGGCAUGAUCUGGACCAUCAUCCUUCGCUUUGCCAUCCAGGAUAUUACUGUUGAAGAAACAUCUGCUAAGGAGGGCCUCCUCCUUUGGUGUCAGAGAAAGACUGCCCCUUACCGGAAUGUUAAUGUUCAGAACUUUCAUUGCAGUUGGAAAGAUGGCCUGGCAUUCUGUGCUCUGAUACAUAGACAUCGCCCUGAUCUCAUUGACUACGCAAAGUUGAACAAGAAUGAUCCAGUGGGUAACCUCAAUUUGGCCCUUGAGGUUGCUGAAAAGCAUCUAGAUAUCCCCAAAAUGCUGGAUGCAGAAGACAUUGUCAACACGCCCAAGCCAGAUGAGAGAGCUAUCAUGACCUAUGUCUCAUGCUUCUAUCAUGCAUUUGCUGGAGCAGAACAGGCAGAGACUGCAGCUAACAGGAUCUGCAAGGUGUUGGGAGUAAAUCAGGAGAAUGAGAAGCUGAUGGAGGAGUACGAGAGGCUGGCCAGUGAGCUGCUGGAGUGGAUCCGUCGUACUACACCCUGGCUUGAAAAUCGUGCCCCAGAAAAGACUAUGAUGGCCAUGAGGCGAAAGCUGGAGGACUUCCGUGACUAUCGGCGAAUGCACAAGCCUCCCAAAGUCCAAGAGAAGUGCCAGCUGGAGAUAAAUUUCAACACACUCCAGACCAAACUUCGCAUCAGCAACCGACCAGCUUUUAUGCCAUCUGAGGGGAAGAUGGUAUCGGAUAUCACCACAGCAUGGCAAGGCCUUGACCAGGCAGAGAAGGGCUAUGAGGAGUGGUUGCUUAGUGAGAUUCGUCGACUUGAGCGACUAGACCAUCUGGCAGAAAAAUUCCGGCAGAAAGGCGCCACCCAUGAAGCAUGGUCUGAAGGUAAAGAUUGCUUGCUGAUGCAGAGGGACUAUGAGGCCGCAUCUCUGACCGAGUUGCGAGCCCUUUUGAGGAAACAUGAGGCUUUUGAGAGUGAUCUGGCUGCUCAUCAAGACCGUGUGGAACAGAUUGCUGCCAUUGCCCAGGAGCUCAAUGAGCUUGACUACCAUGAUUCUGCAACCAUAAAUGAACGCUGUCAGAAGAUAUGCGACCAAUGGGACCAGCUUGGUACACUCACUCAAAAGAGGCGGGAGGCCUUGGAGAGAACAGAGAAGCUGCUUGAGACCAUUGACCAGCUGUUUCUUGAGUUUGCCAAGAGAUCAGCACCAUUUAACAACUGGUUGGAGGGUGCCAUAGAGGACUUGCAGGACAUGUUCAUGGUGCACAGUGUGGAUGAGAUUCAGAGUUUAAUCUCAGCCCAUGAUCAGUUCAAGGCAACUAUGCCUGAGGCUGACUGUGAACGCCAGUCCAUACUGGGCAUUUACACUGAAGUUCAGAAGAUUGCGCAAAGUUAUGGCAUCUCUCCCAAUCUUUCCAACCCAUACAGCAAUAUCACCCCAGCUGACAUUGGGUUGAAAUGGGACAAGGUGAAGAAAUUAGUUCCUCAGCGGGAUAGUUCCUUACAGGAAGAGCUAGCUCAACAGCACUCACAUGAACGAUUGAGGCGUCAGUUUGCUGCCCAGGCCAAUGUUAUUGGACCCUGGAUUCAGACCAGGAUGGAGGAAAUUGCUCGCAACUCUGUGGAUCUUGGAGGCACUCUGGAAGACCAAAUGGGUCAGAUGAAACAGCUUGAAUCAGUCAUCAUCAACUACAAACCUAAUAUUGACAAGCUGGAAGGAGAUCAUCAGCAUAUUCAAGAGUGUCUCAUUUUUGACAACAAGCAUACAAAUUACUCAAUGGAGCACAUCCGUGUGGGCUGGGAAGUCCUCCUUACUACCAUUGCUAGGACCAUAAAUGAAGUGGAAACACAGAUCCUAACUCGUGAUGCCAAGGGCAUCAGUCAACAACAGCUCAAAGAGUUCCGUUCAUCAUUCACUCACUUUGACCGGAAAAAGAAAGGUGGUAUGGAAACAGAUGACUUCAGGGCCUGUUUGAUAUCUAUGGGUUACGAUCUGGGUGAAGCCGAGUUUGCCCGCAUCAUGUCGCUGGUAGACCCUAAUGGCAAAGGCCUGGUGACUUUUCAAUCUUUCGUGGAUUUCAUGACACGGGAGACAUCUGAAACAGACACAGCUGAGCAAGUCAUGGCCUCAUUCAAGAUUCUGGCUGGAGACAAGCCCUACAUUCUUCUGGACGAGCUGCGCAGAGAGCUGCCCCCAGAGCAGGCAGAGUAUUGCAUCAUGCGCAUGCCACCCUACACGGGGCCUGAUGGCGUGCCUGGGGCACUGGACUACACAGCCUUUUCCAGUGCCCUGUAUGGGGAAAGUGACCUCUAAUCAUACCCUCAACAUGCAGGGUCCUCUCUUUGAAAAGCACACCAUGCCUCAGCAUUGUUAGACUCUGGUGUUUCUGUAGUUGUUACAAUGUUGACACUGGCAUUGAAUGUUUGAAAUUCUAGUGAACUUGAAAGUGAUUUGAAAUCUAAUCAAUAAACUUGUCACAUAGGCUGUU